AUGCCUCCCAGGUCCAGGCGCUCGUCCGCCUUCAAGGCCGAACUCAGCCGCCUGCUCUCCCUCAACGCGUCCCUCGCUGGCCCCAACGCCGCUAGCUUGCACCACUUCCACCCCGGCACGACGGCGUGGCUGCUUGGCAUUCCUGCGGUGCCGCAGGCCUCCGUCGCCGAGGCGCUCACACUCGCAAAGAAGCCGAAAUCUGCCCUGCCAGACAGGCCCGUCGCCUACCCCGCUUGUCGCCCGCACGAGCGUAAAAACUGCACCACCUUCAACUUUGAGGGUUGCGUCCUCUCAAACCACGAGGGCUCGGGUUGCACCCGGCUCGACGCGCGGGAGAGGGCCGCUCCGCUCGUGCUGGCCAGCUGCGGUGGCGUGCCCCGUUCCGGGCGGUCCUCCGCGUCGUGUGCGCGCUUCCACUCCCAGGAGGCAGCGGCGAUGCGCUUCUCGCCGUCCGCCGACCCGGGGCUCUUUCGUCGCGGUGUCCACUUCCUCUACGGCAAGCUCUUUCGCGCCAUGUUUGAGUUUCGCGCACCACGCCACGGGAAGGCGCUGCACCUGCAAAGCUGUGAGUGGGGGAGCGCCGCGCAGGCGCAGGGCGUGCGGGUCUCCGUGCACUUGCGCCACCAGUCGACGGCGAUGCUCGGGUCGGAGUACCUCCCCGCGGUCCUGGCCGCUGUGCAGGCGCUCGUGCGCGGGAGAAGGUGCACGGUGCUGCUAGCAUCGGAUCGGAGGGCCUCUUACGGCGUCUACUCCGCGGCACUGGUCCGGAUCGGGUGCGAGACGAUGGGCAACCCGAGGCCGUCCGAGCGGCGGGUCCGCACGUACUUUGCGGAGCACGGGCCUGACGACGGCCCCACGGCGUUGAGCGACCUCGAGCUCCUCUCACACGGCCACCACCUUGUCGGACACUUUGGCGCUCCCUCUCACGGCCGCGAGGGCGCCGAGCCGCCCCUCGCGAUCUUCUACCUUCCGACACACGCGCCGACACGCGACGCCAUCACCGCUCCUCUGCCGCUUGUGACGGGACCGGACAAGGCGUGGCACAUGUCAAUGCAGCGGUACCCGGUCGCGCGGCUCAUCGGCGGGCGGCGGGGCGGCUCGGUGGAGGUGCUGGCAGAGAGCGACGUCGAGAGCUGGCGGACGGGCGCGGAGGUGGAGAGGCAGGUGAGGGCGCAAGGGGGGACCAUCUACGACCCGCGAGUGGACAAUAUGAGCGUGUGCGGUUAUUAG